AUGGUAGACAAGAUGGAAGGGGUGGUUGGAAGAAUAGAGGAUCUUGGAAAACAAAAAGAUUUCCUUGGUCUUGAAAAGGUUUCCACUAGUAGCUCAUCAUGGAGGACUCCAUCCACUUCUCUUGUAAGAGGGAAUGUGUAUGGCAGAGAGGAUGACAAGAAGGCCUUAAUCAAGAUGCUAAAUGACAACAGUGAGCAUCACUUGUCUGUGAUUGCCAUUGUUGGCAUAGGUGGAGUUUGUAAAACAACUUUAGCCCAAUGGGUAUACAACAACCAGGAGGAGUUCAUGAAGGGAUUUGAUCUUAAAGCAUGGGUUUGUGUUUCAGAAAAUUUUGAUAUUGUUGAGACUACAAGAGUCAUAAAGGGGAUCCUUGGAGAUACUUGCAGUCUCGAGGAUUUCAAUUCAUUUCAACAUGCUUUGAAAGAAAAAUUGUCGAAUAAGAAGUUCUUUGUUGUUUUGGAUGAUAUUUGGAGUGACGAUGGUGACAGAUGGAGUAAUUUUAUGACUCCUUUUCAAUACGGGAAGAAGGGAAGUGUUGUUCUUCUUACUACUCGUGGGAAUACUGUUGCUUUAGCAGUUCAAAACUGUCGCCCUUAUUUUCUCAAUGGUUUGUCAGAAGACUAUUAUUGGUCAGUAUUUGCAGACAAUGCAUCUUUUCCACAAUCUAAUGGGAAUGCAGCACUUGAAGGAGUUGGUAGAGAGAUUGUCAAGAAGUGUGGUGGCUUGCCAUUAGCUGCAAAAACACUUGGACGCCUGUUACGUACAAAGCAUGAUGUUCAGGAAUGGAACAAGAUAUUAAUGAGUGAUAUUUGGGCAUUUUCUGUGAAGAAUAGUAAGAUUAUCCCUGCAUUAUUGAUAAGCUACUUCCAUCUUUCUCCACACUUAAAACGUUGUUUUGUUUAUUGCUCUUUAUAUCCCAAAGAUUAUCGAUUCAUGAAAGAUGAAUUAAUCUUGUUGUGGAUGGCAGAAGAUUUUUUACCACCACCAAAGAGAGAAGAGACUUUAGAAGAAGUUGGUUGUGAAUGUUUUGAUGAACUAAGUUCCAGAUUAUUUUUCACAAAGAUUCAAGAUGGUGAUGAUUAUUCUGUGAUGCACGAUCUCUUGCAUGACUUAGCAAUAUUUCUUGCUGGAGAUUUCUAUUGCAACUCAGAUAAACUUUGUGAAGAGGAGGAGAUAAGGAUUCAGACUCGACAUUUAUGUGUAAAUUUACGUUCUUGUGGCUCAAAACUUUAUAAUUCUAUUUCUAAAGUAGAAUCUUUGAGGAAAUUAUUGUUUAAAAAAGUCGCCUCUUGCAACUUUAAAACAGCAACACCUGACAUAUUAUCAAAGUGUAAAUACUUGAGAGCUUUAUCCUUUCCCACAUCCCCACCAUUCAAGUUGAUGGCGAACAAAUUUUCUGAAUACAGAUUUCUGACCAGGUAA